AUGGGAAAUUACAAGUGGCAUCCACGAUUUUUGAAUCCGCCACGAUAUCGGAAAGAGAAUAGCCAGUUGAACAUCCACCUUUGGAAUAUCAUGAAAGCUAGAGUGUCGACGAAUGUUGAAAAAGUUUAUGAAAGAUUAAGAGUUAUCGUAUCUG